AAAUCGACAACGUCAUGCUCAAAACCGCCCGGUAUGGCAAUACCCCAAAUCUCAUCUCCCAUUAUAUUACCAUCUAUCUAUCUAUCUAUCUAUCUAUCUCAGCAUCUGCUUUCACUUGAACACCCAACUCAUUGCAUAUUUAUAAAUAUUCGAUGGGGAGGGGAAGAGUGCAGCUGAAGAGGAUAGAGAACAAGAUAAACAGGCAGGUGACUUUUUCCAAAAGGAGAUCUGGGUUGUUGAAGAAAGCCCAUGAGAUCUCUGUUCUUUGUGAUGCUGAGGUCUCUUUGAUUGUUUUCUCUACCAAAGGCAAGCUUUGUGAAUAUGCUACUGAUUCCUGCAUGGAAAGGAUCCUUGAACGAUAUGAGAGAUAUGCCUAUGCAGAAAGGCAGCUCGUGGCAACUGAUAUCGAAACCCAGGGAAGUUGGAAUUUGGAACAUGCAAAACUUCAAGCUAGAAUAGAGGUUUUGCAGAAAAAUGAAAGGCAUUACAUGGGAGAAGACUUGGAUUCUUUGAGUUUAAAAGAGCUUCACAACUUGGAGCACCAACUUGACUCAGCUCUUAAACAAAUAAGAUCAAGAAAGAGUCAACUCAUGUUUGAGUCUAUUUCCCAACUCCAAAGAAAGGACAAGAAUUUGCAGGAACACAAUAACUUGCUACUGAAGAAGGCGAAUGGCAAGGAAAAGGAGAUAUAUCAACCACCUCCUGUUGAGCAGCAAAAUGAUGGGAAUUCAUCUACUGCUUUGCCAAACCAACUACAUUCUGUCAACAUCGGUACUCCUUGUCAAGUUGGGGAAGAUGGAGAAGUAGAAGAAACACGACAACACCAAGCUAGCUCAACAAUGCCUGCGUGGAUGCUUAGCCACAUCAAUGGAUGAAAGAAACAUAAUGGUGUUCACUGAAUACAAAUCAAAUAGGUAAACAGUUAUAUAUAAUAUGAUUCACAAACCUAACUACAGAAGUAAUAAUGUAAAUUAUGGUCUUGUGAAAUAUUUGUAGAAGGUUGUGAGUGUAUGCGAUUCAAGUUUGGAGACUACGAGGCAACUUGCUCAACUGCCAUAUGGCAAUGUAUAUAAACUCUUUCUUAACUCAUACUUUGUUUAUUAUGUUUGUA